GCUAAGUGUGAGCAAUACAAUAGGGAUUCGUUUACAAAUUCUAAUUCGAUAUUGAUUGAGGUGUAAAUUAUUUCAGUCAAUGAUAUUAUCAGUAAUAAAAUCCCACUGUAUAAAUUCGAUGUUAUGAGUGAUUGUUGAAAUAUAAUAAAGAAUAGAUUUUUGUGAGCUUUUAUUUAGCAGUGCCCUUUUGAAAGUUAAUAACAAAAGUUACCGAGUAAUUAUCUACUUGUCAUUCAAUCAUAUGUUAUCAAUUAGUGAUGUCAGUUUGUUUACUAAUGAAAGAUUAGGAUAAAAACGCCUAAGUUUUCUAUUUUUCGUAAUGAAUUUCGAUGAAUCGCCUGGAGGUUCGUCGAGUAAAGGACAAGAAAAUGGCGACGAUUCGAAUGGAUCUGAUCGCCCACUCAAGAAAGCACGCUUUGCGUGGCAAGUAAAAGGAAAAUACCAUUUAAAAAAUGAUACAAACGAUGCGGCUGCGGAAGCUACAACGUCUACUGAGUCGGAAUCAACUGAUGAAGAAAUGGUUGCUGGUUGUUCAGGCUAUACCUGUUUGACACCAGAUGACCUAUUAGACAAUACCGAUAUAAGUGAAGCCAUAGAUCCAUAUUUAGACACUUUAGGCGAGUACAUAUACGACCAAGAGCUGAAAAACUUACAGUAUGUUACUGGUAAUGCUGAUGAAUCCCUUCGAAGAAUAAGUAAAAUAGAAGAUUUCGAAUAUAAAACCACAAGAAAUGAUUCUGUUAUUGGCAGUUAUGAAGUGGACUCCGUCCCUAUGUCAUUAGUGGCGUCAGAAAGUUACACAGAAGACCAGUGCAUAGCUCGAUGGCAGGCUAAACAGAUGGCGAGAGGAUCUAUUGACAAUACAAUAAACCGUGUCCUAGAUUUCUGUAAGGAGAAUUCAUCAACACCUGAAGAGGAACAUGUAGCGCAUGAUGUGGCAGAACUAAUAGACAACCUCCCUGAAGAUGACAGUAUUGAGAAUGAAGGAAUUCUUAUGGCUAUCUCAGCUCAUGGAUUACAAAAUGCUUCUAACUCGUCUUUAGUUAGAGUUGGGGAAUUUGAAGAACACUGUGAUGCUAUAAGUUACGAUGGAAUACCAGCAAAUGUAGAAUUAAGAGUACCUACAUCUCAAAAUAUAGAAUCUCCAGAAAGAUAUCCACAUGAUGUAAAUUUUGGAUUGAAUAAUAUAGAUAUGCAAUGGUCUUAUUCUAAUACUGAAAGAAGUAGGGGAAAUGAAAAUUCCCCUUCUCCAUCAAAUGUAGGCUUGCCAUUUGCAUUUAUUGAGAAUCUCCAUAAUGGUGAUGUAGCUUCUGGGAUAAUAAAUGAAACUGAUAAUCACUGUGAUGUCCUUGAUGCGGCAGUUCUAUUUGCCAUACAGAGUAAAGGAUUGACUACAUUUGGAACUGAUUAUGGCUAAGAUUUAUUUUUUAAGUUUCAUAUUUUACUAAGACUUUCUGUUCUUGUUAUAACAUACCUUACUGUUGCUUAUAAAGACUAUAUGGAAGCACAAAUGGUUCUUAACUAUAAAUGUUAUGCAGUUCUGCCAUAAAAUCAGUAUUUUUAAAUAAUAAAUUUCCUAAGAGAGAAUUUGUUGAAAUUAUAAACAAAUUCAUGUAAAUAAACCAACCUAUUAGUUAUAAUUUUAAAUAUCUGAGGUGAAUUCUAUGUAUACUGUACUGGUUUCAAAUGUAGAAGUACAAAAGUUUCAAAUGUUUUGAAACAUAUCAUGCGACUGAUUUUGAAAAUGUGGACUUCAAUUUUGUACAUUACCAAUGCAUGUUUUAAUAUUAAUUUAGUAGAAUAGGUCAUUUUAUCAUUAAUAUCCUAUGUUAUCUGUCCAUUACUAUUAAAAAUGUUGUAGGACUUAAUUUUAUAAUUUGACAUGUUUUAUAUUCCUGUGAAGGUGUUUUUUAA